UUCUCUGCGUCUAUUUUGCGUCCUGGGCUAACUUGUACACUCAUCUUUUAGGAGGAUUGGUAUUUGCAUCUGUGCGCAAUGCAGAAAAGGGCGAUCCAGCGCAUCCCUGACGUCUCUUCUGGGAUUCGCUAUACGUUCUGCAGACACCGAAGCGGCACAAGCGGAGGAACCAGACGGUCUACUACACUCUUAAAAGAGGGUCCGUUUGGAGGAGGGCGCGAGCGGGGACGUGAACGUGGACAUGCCAACCAGCCAGUCUCGGAGGAGCUUAAGAAGGUCUUGUCGCCGGAGGCACUAGCAUGGCUCGAGGGCAAGCCUCUCAAAACCAAGGAUGAUGUGAAGGGGAAGGGGAAGGGCCGUGUAACGGACUUCCAACGACCCACUACAGAGAUUCCCCCCUCGAAGGAGAAGCAGCUGUUCACUGCUUUGGACGAGCCCCACGACCUUGCUUUACCGGAGAGCAGCGACGUUGACGCCUUCGUUGACGAGACGCGCCGCAUACCCGCUGGUACUCUAGUCGAGCUUCGCAGAGCCGACAUAACCAUGAACGCCGUCGUACUCUACACCAUGCUCUACAACCGGAAAUGGGUCAUGCAUGCUCUCACCAGCGUCGGCGAGGUCUGGCAUUGCCAUGAACACGACGUCACCUUCCAAUUAACCAACUUCGUCGAUGAGAAACUCAUCGAGCGCUGCGGGCUGUUCGAACGGGCUGAGACGGAGGCAGAGAGCGACGCGCGGGUGCAGGUCCUCAGCAAGCUGCGGUCAUUCGAAAAGCGCUUCGAGCACGACUGCCACGCCAUUCCCGAGAUUGCGAAUGGCAUGUCCUUCUACGACCAAGUCGCGCACUCCGACCCGACCGUAUGGUCUCCUCUUACCACGCGCGAGGCCGCGGUGAAAUUGCUUGGGAAGGACGCGACCUUGACAGACGUGGACCUCUUCGCUGUUCAGUCAUAUCUGUUCGCUUCUGGGCAUCUGUAUGUCGUCGAGACCAGCAAGUUCCUGGAAAAGCAGCUGUUCUGGGUCCGCCCUCGUCAAGAGGUUUCAGACAUCGAGGCUGUCACCGAAAUGGUCCUGAAUCGAUCCCCUGCAUUGGAUGUCUUCGCGGCCAAGGCGCGAAAGGUCAUCGCGGAGUCGAGACAGCGUUCCAUCGAGUCUUGGGAGGAGGCACCAUCCCGUCGACCUUUGGACGAUGUCGAGUGGACCGAAGGCGACCGGACGAUCCUUCGCUUCCUGGUUUCUUCACUCAGGACCCACCGAUUGAUCCAGAAGAGUCCGUUCACGGUGCCAGUUGCCCAUAUCUUGAAGGCGGUCGGGAUGCACUCGAUGAAGAAGUACAACGGCACGGCUGCUCACCACUUCUUGAUUGAGUUGGGCAUGCUUGCUCCAUGGGACGAGCCGAUUUCUCGGGAGAUCCAACUGCACCAUGAAGCUGAUAGUGUUGACCUCACCCCGACUGUGCCCACUCCGAUCCUUCCCAGCUCCCUCGGUCCGACUGAUCUAUACUCUCACGAUGUGGUGGAGUCUCUGCGACAUGACUUUGGUGACUUGCCGGUGUAUGUUAUUGACGAUUGGGGCGCCGAGGAACUCGACGACGGUAUCUCCGUCGAAAGGAUACCGUCUGACCCAGAGCACCAUUGGUUGCAUGUACAUAUCGCUGAUCCCACGACUCUACUCCCUCCUUCACAUGAGAUAGCUCGUCACGCCAUGCAGCUCUCUACAACACGAUACUGGGUGGACCGCACGAUUCCGAUGCUUCCCCGCGAUACCGCUCUUAGUCGUUUCAGCCUCGACAGUCAGCAAGGUCAGCCGAACGUUGCCCUCAGCUUCAGCAUGAAGGUGAACACUUCUGGCAAAAUUGUCGACUACAAGGUCCGGCCAGCCGUCGUACGGAACGUCCGCACAAUCAAGUACGACAUGGUCGAUGCAUUGCUCGGAAACGAGUCAGGAACCACCCAUUUCCCGUUCGGCGGCGCUCCUCAGCGUCACGAGUUUGAUAUGUCUUCCCUCGGCCCUCCUAUCCUGGAUGAUCUCAAGCUCCUUCAGCAGGUUACCCAACGACUGGAAGCUGAUCGCCUCAAGAAUAACGCGCUCGUAUUCAGCUUACCGAGACCCAACAUGAUUAUCGAGCCCCGACCCCUACCCAGCGAUAUCAUGAGCACCUCCGUCCCCUCGGAGUUCCGUGGCUUCCCCAAGCUGACGUAUGGAGUCGCCAACGCGCUCGAGAUGGGUUCUAGGGUUCUCGUGGCGGAAGCUAUGAGGGCCGCUGGCCGAGCCGCCUCUCUCUUCUUCCGGGACCGGGGCAUCCCCGCAAUCCGUCGCACUGUCGCUCCGCUUCAGACAGAGCUCCGCGGUAAGAUCGAGGAGCUUCUGGCGAGCAGGGGCCCAGGAGGCGUCGUCGACCCCUACGUCGCGCUCGCCGCACGCGUCAUCAGCCCACCCGGGCAGUACGUUUUGACGCCAUCGAUUCAUGCCCUCAUGGGCAUCCCCGAGGGCGAGGGCUACAUGAAGGUCACGUCGCCUCUCCGGAGAUUCGGUGACAUGAUCGCGCACUGGCAAAUCAAGCACGCCCUCCUUAGAGAGAAGGGCGAGCGCGGAGCACCGGUCCUGUUCGACGAAGCGUGGCUCCUGCGCGCAGCGGAGGACCUCUCCCUGCGGGAGCAGGCGGCGAGGCAGUCGGAGAUCAUUCAGCAGUCGUUCUGGGCGCACUGGUUCCUGAUCAGGUGGAUGAACGACCCUAGGCGGGCGCAGAGGGAGCACGACCCGCUCAGAACGCUCAAGGCGCGUUUGGUAGAGGCGCCGACGGCGAAUGACAAGAUUGGGGAGAUGAACUGUGCGGUGUAUCUAUCGGAGCUCGGGCUGAAGGCGCGCUUGGUGGGUGUCCCGCUCGACCAGACCAACCGAUGGCACCUGGGAGACGAGCUAGACGUGGAUAUCCACCAGGUGUUACUGGGCACCCGGCCCAGUCUGGACGUAACUCGUCGAUGAGGAUCUAGCGGUCCGUUCGGCUCCACACCUUUCACGCUGGGCACAGGUACAUUAGGAAGAGUAUAAUAGAAUCAUCUCAGUACGCACAUGUAUAUUCCAUAUAUCAAAGGCUUAUCGCUUUCACC